AUGUUUUUCUCGAAGACUACUUGUAGAGACCUUUUAGUGCGGCACAUCCGGCUCAGCCACGCGACUGCGCUUCCCAAUGGUACCCAGGCGGAUGAUCCCCAGUGGCUACGUGAAUCUUUCCCAGGCCCUCAGAAUGAUAGUCAGGCGUCCGAACUGAGCCAACUGUUGAAGGCCUCCGAGAUGCGAAGCUCCAGCACGGUCAAUGGCCCGCCCAUUAGCACAGGCACUCCUCCGCCCCUGGGCUCGAACGGCUCGUUGAACACCGGGCUUGAGCAACCCAGAUCCGAUCAAUGGCCGAACGGCACCCAGGAUACUUUCCAAGAGCUGGCCUUUCUCCUGGACGACUGUGCGGAGUUCACUGAUGACGUUGCACCAUAUCUGUCGGCUGAUGACCGUGCCCAGUUUGAAGCAGUGGAACGGGCUGGUAUUCUGGACCAGAUCCUAGAGCCCGAUGCCACAAGCCAGCCAGCAUCCCGGCUAAGGGGCGAGAUGCCCCCCGGUAUGUUGUUCUCACGGAUGGGAUCCCGUUUGCCGUCGCUUCAGCCGCCGGAUGCUACAGCCCAGCAGUCGGAGAGUGAGCGUCCGGUGGGAGUUUUCGAGCGUAUCACCGUGUCCACCUGGGACGUGCUAGUGGCCAAGCUACACGAGGUCCUCCCGGUAGUUCCAGACGGCUUCGUUCUGCCGUCACGGCUGGCCCUAUCUCGGUACCUCACGGCCUAUCUGGAGAAUUUCCACGAACAUAUGCCGUUUCUACAUAUUCCCACGGUGUUCUUACACUCCUGCCACAUCGACCUCGUCCUUGCAAUAGCGUCCAUUGGGGCACAAUAUUGCUUUGAGAGUAAUCGAGCACUGCAAUUGUUUCGAGUAAGCAGGGCAAUCGCCGAAGACCGGCUAAGCAGACGACGCAUGGCUUCGUCAAACGCAGCUGUCGGGGACUCUGCAGCGUACGAGCCCACGCAGAUUAUGCAGACUCUUUUGCUUCUAUUGGCCAAGGAAACAUGGUCCGGAACACGGAACCUGCAGUUCAGCGACCUCAGCAUCCAGUAUGUGCUGGCGGGUCUCGUCCGAGAAGACGGGUUUCAAUCAAUUCAACCAGACGACGAUGCAUCUUGGGGAGAAUGGGCGGCGUACGAGACGCUCCAAAGGACCAAGUGGAUCACCUUCUGUUUCUUCAAUCUACACACCUUGAUUUAUUCCAUACCGUCUCCCAUCCACUGCUCCGAGCUGAGUGAGCUGCGGCUCCCGUGCCAUGACAGUGUCUUCCGCGCCAAAACAGAAAGCGAGUGGCGGAUGGUGAAAAGCAAUAUACAACAUCUUGAUUUCGGCAACGUGUUCGGCCAGCUGUUCACUGUCAGGUUUAGCUCCGCGUUGAUCCAUGUCUCAACACUCACAUGUUAUACCCUCAUGCAUGCCUUGAUCCAACAAAUAUACCUUGUCGGCGAGGUCUCCAAAUACCAACCGACCCACGACUCCGCACUGCCGGGACACGAUGCAUACGCACCAGUAGAGGUAGCGCUUCAGAACUGGAAGUCGCUCUGGAAGCGCAUGCCAGAGUCCAGCAUUGACCCAUCGAACCCUGCCGGCCCCAUGGCGUUCAAUUCCACAGCAUUGCUACGGUUAGCAUAUGUACGGCUGUCAUGGGUUAUUGGCCCAUCCCGGACACCCCACACGUGGGAUCCUCAGAAUAUCGCCAACGCCUUUCUGCAUGCACAGACUAUCAAGGGGAGCCCGAGGCUGCUGCGCGCUGUGCUACAUGCCGCACACGCGUUGAGUAUUCCCAUUCAGCUGGGCAUCCAUCGGGUAGCGCAGACGCAGACAUUUCGGUGGUCCGUACAGCAUUCGUUGGCCGCACUCGAGUGCGCGUUUCUCCUGUGCAAAUGGCUGGAGGGAUUGUCCCAGCAGGACACUCUUUCUAGUUUAACAGCCGCGGAGCACAGAAUGGUACUGCUAGUAAAAGCAGUGCUAGACGAGACUGAUUACGCGUCGCCCCAUCCCUUUAAUGUCGAGUCCCCGCGGGAUAUGCGGCACCUUUGCGCGAACGUCUUUCGUGUCUGGGCGCAAGCAUUCCAUGGCCCAGUACAGGUUUGGCAUAUAGUUGAUAUUAUCCGAGAAUCGUUCGAGCUCUGUGCGUUACGGUAUGAGAUGUAG